AUGGCCACUGGAAUGGAGAACUACAACGACUUCCAGCUCUUCCGUGCUUGUGGUCCGCUCUAUCCAGCUUUCGCCAUUGAGAGCUUGACAAGCAUUCUGCUUGGCUUCUUCUUUUGCUACCUUGCCCUGCGAAUCACCGUUCGUACUGAUGUGAACGCACCCAUGGCGUCCAUGUACCGUUGGAUCGUGGACAGCUUGAAGCAACCCCUGCGGUUCUGGUGGCAGGAGAUGAAACAGUGGCCGGAUAUGCCAAACCGUCCUUUGGCAGACCGCAUCAAGCUGUGCCGGCUUCUGAACCUGGCCAUGUGCAUCGCGCAAGCAGCGGCAGCGUUCUUCACAGUGCUCCGCUGGCUGCACAUCUCCAAUGUGAAUGGCCUGCGUUACCUCGGCUACGCCUUUACCUGCGCUUUGAUGCAGGCAGAGCUUGUGGUGCUCAUUGCCCCAUAUGUGCCCUGCUACAAGUUCAACGUGGUGGGAGUCGUCAUCUUCACGCACGUGUGGCUGGUCCUGGGCUGGGUCGGCUCUUUGCAAUCCGGCUUCCUCUUCGAAGAUGCUAGCUGGGAAUCGUUUGUGGAGAACUAUGAUUUUGAAGUGCUGAUUGUGACCAACAAGGGCUUGCUCAUUGCCGCGACAGCAGUCGGGCUGUGUGGCUUGAUGCUCGUGCAGAUGCCGUUCCUCUCGCUGAUUUACUUCAUUAAGGGCGGCUGCAAAGCUCACCCAGAUCUUCCGUACUACUACAUGCGGCUCAUGAUGACGGUCUGGUUCACUUGGCCGGCCUUCCCUGCCUGGUGGUUGGUGUCCGCGGAGGGUUUGGGCCUCCUGGAGGAUGCCAAGUCCAACUCUGUGGGCUUCGCCAUCCUCAACUGCAUCUCCAAGGGCUCCUUCACCUACUUCAUGCUGAAGACUGGGGCAGACCACAAGAGGCGUUGGGCCAAGCAGCCGAGCACUGGAACCAAACCUGCGGAGACCAACUGGAUGGUGAGAAAUCUUCAGAGCUACGACUCCCAGGGUGCCCCCCAGGUGCAAAAGAGCUUGCCCGCGGAAGCUGAAGGCGAGAAGGACGCGUCAGAUACUGAGCAGGCGCAGAAUACUUGGGUCUGA